CCGGGAGCAGGCUCAGCAGGGCAGCGUCCCCGGACCCCAUCCCCGCCCAUCCCCGGGCGCGCGGCCAGGGCGGGGCGGGGUGGGGCAGGCCGCCCGCGCCGACACCCUGACGCUCGGCGCUUUAGUUAUUUCUUCUGCUUUUCUCGCGCUCGGGUUUCUACUCCCGGGCACAGCCGCCGGGCGCGCCAUCCCCGCAGCCCCGACAAGCCCCGGCCUCGCCGUCGUUCCGAGCUCACCAGGCGCCCUCCGCGGCCGCGUCUCCCCGGGGCGGGCACCUCCUCCGCCCGCCGCCCUCCUUCCUCCCGGCCCCGCCCGCGCCCGGAAAGCCCCCGCGGCUCCUCCCACCCCCAGGGGAUUUUCUCCAGCCGCCCGAGACUUUUCUCCGCGGACGCCGCCGCCGGGCGCUCGUUUCCGCCGAGCUGGAGCGCGCGGGCCAUUGCUUUCCGGGGCCCUCACGGGGCGUGGGACGCUGACCUCGGCGCGCGGCCCCAGCUCCCGCCCAGGGUCCCUGGCAUGGUGCUACUGGCCGGGCCCGGGCCGGAGGGCGGCGGGGCGCGCUGCGUGUCCCCCCAGCCGCCGUCCCCGCCCCGGAGCGCGCCAGCUGGGGAGGACCCCGGCGACUACGAGGACUACGAGGACUUCUCGUGUCUGCCCGAUACUCGCAGCGUCGCCUCGGACGACUCGUUCUACCCGCGGGGCGGCGAGGAGGAGCGCGGUGCCGCGAGCGCGGAGACAGUCCCGGAGGGCGUCCCGGAGGGGGCGACCCUCCUGCGCGCCGCCUGCGCCAACGAUGUGGGGCUGCUGCGGGCGCUGGUGCGGCGGGGGCCGCGCGUCGAGGAGGUUCAGGAGACUGACCGCAACGGCCGGACCGGCCUCAUCAUCGCCUGCUACCACGGCUUUGUGGACACUGUGGUGGCCUUAGCCGAGUGCCCCCACGUGGACGUCAACUGGCAGGACAGCGAGGGGAACACGGCCCUCAUCACAGCCGCGCAGGCAGGGGCUGAUGUCCACGCCAGGGACCCCCGCCGUGGGAUGACACCCCAGGAGUGGGCUGCCUACACGGGAAGGUCGGAGGCCGUGCGCCUCAUCCAGAGGCUGCUGGAGCGACCCUGCCCGCAGCAGUUUGGGGGAAAGUACAAGCCGGAGCUGCAGCUGGCGCCAGAGGCGGCGCUGAAGCCCGCGGGCUCCAAAAACUGCUUGCAGAGGCUCAGGGAGUUUGUGCGGUCCACUCUGACCUCCCGCUCAGACCAGGGCCCAGAGGAUGGGGGGGCCCUUGACCACAUGGUCAGGGUGACCACGAGCCUCUACAGCCCUGCCGUGGCAAUCGUCUGCCAGACCGUGUGCCCUGAGAACCCCCCCUGUGUGGGGAAGAGGCGGCUGGCGGUGCAGGAAAUCCUGGGAGCUCGGGGGGCCCAGGAGAGGGACAAGGCGGAGGGCACUGAGCAGCCAUCGCGGACCUCCCAGGCCCAGGAGGUCUCCAGAGAGGACACCCCGAGAGCCGGCCUGCCGUGUCCCCAGCCGCCAGGUCCCCAGGUGGCCGCCCCGCGGAAGGCCAGCCUCCUGCCCCUGCCGCUCCCAAAGCGGGGCAGCGUGCGCCCCGGCGUCGUCAUCCCGCGGGUCCGCGUCAGCAAGGCGCCCGCGCCCACCUUCCAGCCCGAGCGGCCCGCGAGGAAGGGGGGCGCCAAGGACAGCGCCCACCUGCAGAUCCCCAAGUGGCGGUACAAGGAGGCGAAGGAGGAGAAGAGGAGGGCGGAAGAGGCGGAGAAGCAGCGGAGGGCCGAGGCGCAGAAGGAGAGGCGCGCGCCCCCCUGGUGGAAAAGGACGUGAGGGCGGGCGGCGCCCCAGGAGGAGUGGGGUAGCGUGGCGUGGCCGAACACAGAGCCCCAGGCGGGACGCGGGAGCACGGCCCGGGCCCCUGGGAGACGGCGGGCGGCGAGAGGCUGCGCGGGGCCCGGCGCGGGGAAGGGCGCGCAGAGGGGUGCGCCCCGAUCCGAGCGCGCACACGUUCUGGCGUUGUCGUCUUCGGGGGGCAUGGGGGUCUCCGGAGGCGGUCCCUGUUGGUCUGUUCAAGCUGCACCCAAGAGUGAAUUGGGGGAGACACCAAUUGAUUUGCCUAAAACCAGCCCACCUAGUGAUCGAUAAAAACACCGAGCGCCCUUCUGCCUGAAAGUCUACCUUGAGCACGUCGGUUAAAGACUUUUUAAAGGGCGUUAAUAAUUUCGCGUUUUCAAUCAUUAUUUAUCAAAUUUGCAGCACUUUGAGUGACGGGCUCUUUAUAUUUAAGGCUGCUGUUUUCAUAACAUUUGUCUGAAGACCCUUUGUUUAAAAUAUUGUUUCUAGCAAUAAAUAUGUAUGAUAUUUAUAUGAAGGCCAGCAGAA